GACUGUAUGCAACGAAACAAUGUGUUCCAGAUGCAUAGCUAACCCCACGCGAGUUGCCCUCCCAACCCAAUCGUGAGUGUGAUGAUGAGUGCGUGAGCAUGAGAGAACGGGAGUUGAGAGAGGAUGGAGGGUGCGCACGAAUCGAACUGCUUAGAUGAAUGAAGAAAGGAACGCCAAAGCGAUGCCUUUAUGCAGUUGAAUGCACAUCUACCUACUUUUGAAAGGGAAUUAGCAAGGAGGUCGACAUGUGGAGCAGGCUGGCGAGUUACCUGUUGGGCGACGCGGAGGAUGGCAGCGCCGACAAGGAGAACGAGGGAGGCGCGGCAGGCGGCGCCGCCUCGCUGCCCUACGAGACGAGAUUCAGGCAGAUCGAGGUCGAGGGCGACGACUGGGUGUUCAUCGACACUCACGUCGAGGGAUUCACGGGGAUGGACGAGUCGUGGUACGUGACGCCGCCGGCCUGCUUCACCCAACCGAGCCCGGUGCACGUGGAGACGUCGCCUCUGGAGAACCUGCUGAUCGAGCAUCCGAGCAUGUCGGUGUACAGGUCGGCGGGCAAGAAGGCCCUGCACCCCGACAACAAAUCUCAGCAGGAGAAGGCUCGCAAUCAGCCGUCGAAGAGACGCUCGCCGCCGUUGAGCAACGUGCAACUGCAGCCGGUGCAGGUUGUCGCCGUGACUGCAGGCAACGUGGCAAGGGCUCAGAAGGCCGCCGCCAAGAAGUUGAACAAGUUGGAGCGAGCGGAGCUCAGGCAGCAGCAGGAGCGUCAGCAGCAGCGGCAGCAGCAGCGGCAGCAGCAGGACCAGCAACAGCAGCAGCUUCGACAGCAGCUUCUUGAGCAACAGCCUGUUAGGGGGACCAAUGUUAGGGAGACGAGAAAUGCCAGGGCUGACGAUAGCGUGAGAAUCUCCCAGAUCCGAUCUGCUCAGAAGAUGCUGGAAAAGCGCACAUCGCAGUCAGCAAAACGUAACCGUCUUGAACGAUCAAACAAGGUGUGGGAGGUGGGCUCAUCGGGUAAAGGUCGGCGUCCUCGUCGCCAGGACCGGCUGCGGCUCAACAAUAGCGGCGCCAACAACAACCGCAAAUGCUAGUCCCUAGAUCUCACACAAACACACGCACGCACGCACGCACGCGCGCGCACACACACAAAAAAAAAAAACAACACAGGCCAGGGUGUUGUAAAACCGCGCACCAACGACGUCCUUCCCCUCCCCUGUAUUUAAAAGAAAAACCCCGUCGCUUGCGACAAAACACAACCCACACCCAUCGUUCUUUGCACGACGAUUUGCACGGUUAAUGUACGACUAUAUUACACGUGAGAGUUGUUCAACAAAAUUCAGCGUGAUCGCUCGUCGGGGCGCAGACGCAUCGACGAACUUGUUAGUCCAAUUCCGUGCUGCGAAACUGUUGUAACUCUACCUUCUUGCUCUAAUCUAUCUCCUUCUUCAUGCUCUUCUUCAUUUUCUCCCGAGAAAGCGAGACACAAAAAAGAGAACUUGUUGUUGCGAGUCUCCAGCAGUAGACUCCUAAACCUCACACUUGGCACUGGAGGUUGCUGCUACUGUCGCUGCUGCAGCCGCAGCAGAACGUCGGUUGUGUCGGACAACUCCGCGUAAUCUUAACGUUAGCCUCAGCCGGAGACGUCCGCUGCCGAGAUUCCGUUGUUGAUGCGUCUUCGGGAGAGCUCGCUGUAAAUAUCAGGGAAACACAAAGUACGCGCUUUUCUUUCCUCGGCGACGACUCGGGUGGGACGAUCGCUCCUUUGAGAGCUGCUAGACAGCGUGUCGCGUCGCGUGCAAUGCACGCAGCUUAAGGAAAGAACGAUUGAAACACAAAUACGGGAACAAAGCAAAACAAGUCAUUUGGACGAGCGCGCAAUAUAUGCUGAAAUAAAAGGGGAAGAGAGAGAGAGGGGAGGGGGAGCAGAGCACGAGCUGGUGAUAAGAAUAUGUAUACACGCUCACACCUGCUUGGCACGUGUUAUAUCUUAUCUAACAGAAAAAAUGCUCCUCUCUUUCUCUUCGUACCUGCCUAUAUAUAUAUAUAUAUAUAUAUACACAUACAUACGCGCGUGUGUGUCUGUGUGUACGCGUGUGCGCGUGUGCGCGUGCAUUUUCCUUUUUACGCUUUGCUCAUGUUGCGCGUUUUCAGCGAUGUGUGCGUAGUUUUUCCCUUUCUCGAUGUAUGCGUAGAUCUGCCACUAAGUUGCGUAAAACGUGCGUUUACUUUUUGUGUCUCGCUUUUUACCCAACGGCAACAAAAAAAAACAACAUAUAUAUAAAUAUAGAGAUAGCUUAGAUAGGCGUAAUAAAACGAGAGUAGAAAAAAGCCGAGAGUAAGAUGCAUGAUAAGUCUUAACAACAAAUGACAAAAAAACUACAAAAGCUGUAGAAAGGUUAUAAAAAAAGUUUAAAAAAUUAUUAAAGUACGUAUUAUAUUGCUUAUAAAAAAGACAUAACAUAAUAUUACACACGCAUAUUCUAUAUUGUAUAUUUUUUUAACUUUUUCUUUCAUGAUUAUAAUAACUGUUUGAAUGCGCGUCUUCAUUUCAUUAUAUUUUUUCAACGGUAAUGACGACGUGCUACCAUAUAAGUUAUCUAUGUUGAAUGAUCGAACGACAAUGCUAAAGUGCAGAUAUCGCCCACUGUACGAUGUUAGUUGAUUCUUCCCUAUCUUCGAAAAAUGUUUUUUUUUAUAUAUACACACAUGCUCAAGUGUAUAUAUAUAUACACAUAUAUAUACAUAUAUAUACAUAUAUACAUAUAUAUAUAUAAUGUGUAUCUAUAGAAUAGCUGCUGGAAAACUGUGUGUAGGACGUGUUGUAAUGGGAAAUUAUAUACAUUCAUAUUGAUAUUGAUAAACAAUAUGACCAAUAUUGUAGCGGCAGAUUCUUUCAGUUUCUUUCCUGUUUUAUCUCGUGUAAUAGUUAGUGUGUAAUAAGAAGGAUAUAACAAACAAACAAACAAAAAAAUCUCGAUAAAAAAGCAUUGUGAUCAACUUGAUAUAUAUAUAUAUAUAUAUAUAUAAAUACUAUAUGAAUAUAUACAUUAAUAGAACCAACCGAUGGUUGGUGUACACAAUAGGCGAAUUUGUAUACUCCGAAGCUCCGAGCGCCAGUUCUCAUUAAUAAUAAUUAUUAUUACUACUGUAAUACCUGAGGGAAAAAAUGUGGAAAUCGCAACGAAUCGAGUUGUAGCGAGAGAAGGCCCACGUAGAAAACCCAGACUUUUGUUUCAACUUUUAGUAAGCAAUAAUAAUUCAAUCAAAGUGGGUUCGUUCUCUUUCUCUCUUGCGGCGCAGCUGAGCGUGAAUUUUACAAUCUCGCUCGCUCACCUCUUUCGUUUGGCGAUCAGCAGAGCGUGCGUGUAUUCGUUUGUUUUUACCUCUUAUGUAUCGGAGUGUGCGUGUAUGUACAAUUGUACAUACAUAAUUUAUGCGACUAAUAAGAAAAAGCUCGCUAAUGGACAAAAAUUUGUUGUCAAAGCAAAAUUGUACAAAGAUUGUCUAUCCUCUGCGGGGACCGCACUCGAGAGAGUAUCGCGACGAACCUCCCUUUUUACCUUAGCUAAAUAGCAGAAGAAAAAUAUACAAAAAAAAACAACACAACACGUUCAUUAAACUCAAUUAUAAGUAACACAAAUUCGUAGCGCGCGCGCACACCUUGGCCAGUGUUUUUUAGUAGUUGCCGCGACAGACAAAUAUAAAUGUUGCGCGUGGAUUCAUAUUAUUAUUAUAAUUUAAAAGAAAGAAACAACUGACGGGCAAUGCAAGAGAAAAAGGCGUAAGGAUGUUGUGAUCGUCGAUAUAAGUAUGGAUGUAAUUUUGUUACUGUGAAGAAGUAAAAAUAAAACAAAAAAACGUAUACAGUACCAUGCAAUAAGAAAAAUAAGUCGCCCUAUAUAUAUAAAGCAUACAUAUAAAUAUAGAUGGCGUGUGGCGCCCGUCUGGAUAUGAUGAUUGGGUAUCGAAGGCUCACGGCAGCGUACAAAUGACGACAAAAAUGUUUGAUGUUUUUUUACAACAUAAUUAUUAAUAUUAUAUAAAUAAUUAUAUAUAUAUGUAUAUAUACAUAUAUAUAUAUAUAUAUAUAUAUAUAUAUAUA